AAGUUCUGAAGCUCUCUUGACCCAAGCGAAAAUGUGAAGAAGCCAACCCGAAAAAGGAGCAUCAAAAUCACCUCGUGAUAUGACUUACAACCCCAUCCCAUCCCAUUUCAAAUCUCAGUAAUGCUAUGACAGUCUUCCAGAGACUAUCACGACCCUUCAAUUAUCUGCGGGACAAAUAUGUUGGCCAUCCUUUCCUCCUCGUCGGCGCGACCUUGAAGACGUUGUUCGUUAGUCACGUAUUUCUCGAAUAUGGCUUUACGAUGGGCGCAUGUGAAGGAGCUUCCAUGCUCCCCACCUUGGAAGUUUACGGAGACAGCGUUCUUAUUUCCAAAGCCUACCGGCGCGGCAGAGGCAUCAAAGUUGGAGACGUGGUUCAAUUCGAUUCCGUGGUGGAGCCGGGCAGCCAGGUGAUAAAGACGGUGCUUGGGCUCGAAGGGGAUUAUGUGUUGAGGGAUUCUCCAGGAACCAGUGGUCAAAUGAUCCAGGUCCCACGAGGUCACUGUUGGGUUGUUGGAGAUAAUCUAGAUUUUUCGAGGGAUUCGAGAAUGUUUGGACCCAUGCCCAUGGCUUUGAUCAAAGGAAAGGUCAUUGCUAAGGUGUUACCGUGGAGUGAAAGAAAAUGGUUGAUUAAUGAGCUAAAGCAUGUACAAUAGCUUGCUCUGGAUGUAUUGUACAGAAGUUUCAAAGCAAGGCGCUGAUGGUCUUCCUCUCUAAAGGAAUCAUUUUCAUAGGUUUCCAUGAUUAUCGCCCAUGUAACAUUAUGAGCGCUUAAAUAUUUCCAGAAUCCCUUCUUUCUAAGGCUGAACUUGUGGGCUUCCUGCUCCAGGAUGCUUCCAAUGUCAGAAUAUACCAUUUGAAUCCAGUAAUACU